AUGGCCCCCAAAACCGUCGACGUCCACACGCACAUGUAUCCCCCAGCUCUCAUUUCCAUCCUGCGAGCUCGCCAAAGCGUCCCGUACAUGCGCACCUUCGCCGACGACCCAACUUCCGGCGAGCGACUGGUGAUCCUCCCCGCAGAAGAAGAGACGGGCGCCAGCACGGCGCGCGGCAGACCCAUCGGACGCGAGUACUACGAUAUAGCCGACAAGAUCCGCUUCAUGGACCUCCACGGGAUCGACAUUUCCGUGCUCUCGCUCGCGAAUCCCUGGCUGGAUUGGGUGCCUGCUGGCGAAGCGGCGGAGAAGGCGAGGCUGGUGAAUGAUGAUAUGGAGAGGAUGUGUGCGGAAUACGAGGGGAGGUUGUUUGCGUUUGGGACGUUGCCGUUGAGUGCGAGGGAGGAGGGAGAGGUUGUGGCGGAGGUGAGGCGGUUGAAGGGGUUGAAGCACUGCAGGGGCAUCGUGAUGGGGACUUCGGGGUUGGGGGCCGGCUUGGAUGAUGCGAGGCUCGAUUCGAUUUGGCAAGUGAUGGAGGAGAAUGAGAUGGUGAUGUUCUUGCAUCCGCACUAUGGACUGCCGAAUGAAGUGUAUGGUCCGCGGGCCGGAGAGUAUGGACAUGUACUGCCUUUGGCCAUGGGGUUUCCGCUCGAGACGACGAUUGCCGUGACGAGAAUGCUCUUGUCCGGAGUGUUUGACCGGUUUCCAAAACUGCAAGUCUUGCUGGCGCAUAGUGGGGGUACACUGCCUUUCCUAGCCGGGAGGAUUGAGAGCUGCAUCGCGCACGACGCCCAUCUUAAGAAAGCUGGCAAGCUUGAGAGUAGAAGGAAUGUCUGGGAUGUCCUGAAGAAGAACAUCUACCUGGAUGCUGUCAUCUACGGUGACGUUGGGUUGAAGGCCGCAAUGGAUGCUUCAGGCUCCGACAGGCUGAUGUUCGGAACUGAUCAUCCCUUCUUUCCACCGCUGGAUGGCGAGGAAAAAUGGCUGAGCGUGACGUCGAAUGCGAGCGCAGUACGGUCUGCGCUGGGUGAGGAUACAAAGACUGCGGAGGGCAUUAUGGGAGGCAAUGCAGUGCGAGUCUUGCGAUUGGACAAUUGA